AUAAUCAAUUUUAUUUUCGAUAUGUUUUUCAUAUAAUUUGCACUUAUAGUCAUAUGAAAUGCUUAUUUAUGGUCAAUUCUGAGUGUGGCGUAUGUAACAAGAAGCUUUAUUAAUUGCCUUUCUCGCGCGAACUAUCUCGUGAAUCUCUUAUGAACUGUACUUUAAUAUUUCGUCACACUUUACACACACAGAGACAGCUCACAUACAUAUUUAAAAACCUCUUGAAAGACUCCGCAUUUAGCGCUGAUCGCUGAUUGAGCGUUUACCUCGUGGCUGCUCGUGGCGGACGCGACAACGUGUCUUCUAACCUUUGCCGAUUCGCCGGAUUUAUCUAAUUGUUUGCAGUUUAAACGGAAAGUGCGCGGACAACAAUGUUACUUAAACUCCUUGUUAAUCCCAGCGAUCCUCCGCCAGAACCAUUGAUAGUGGCCGAGACAAUUAACUCUAGAGGGAAGAAUAUAACAGUAUCAUGGUGCAAUAAGUGGACAGGGAGUGGAAAUAUUCGCUUAUGUAAUGAAGAUGAUGUAGUACUGUCGGAAAACAUCCUUGAAAUUAACCGGUACUUGGGUAGGGUAGUUGAUACUUCGCUUUAUGGUGACACCUGUAUUAAAAGUAAAACCGAAAUAGAUCAUUGGCUAACGUUCGCCUUGGGACAAUUGGAUACGAAAAAUCGGACUCAUGUAGAAUAUGUCCAUUCUUUGAUAUAUUUGAAUAAAGCGCUAUUAACACGGACGUGGUUAUGCUGCAAAAAAUUUACAUUGGCCGAUAUUCAUGUGUAUUGCACUUUGUGGAGGAAUGGAUACCUAGAAAAGGAACCGUUAGGAGAUUAUGUUAAUCUUACUAGAUGGUACAAGCAUAUCCAGUCGCUUACUAUCAUCAGAGAUGCACUUAUCCAGAUGAAAAAGAACACACUUCCCAAGGAACAGGUAGAAUUUUGCGCAGGAAAAACAAAUGAGCAAACGAAAACGAGGAAACAGGAGGGUAAAUUUAUUGAUUUACCUGGAGCAGAAAUGGGCAAGGUGGUGGUGAGAUUCCCACCGGAAGCAAGCGGCUACCUCCAUAUUGGCCAUGCCAAAGCAGCUCUCUUAAAUCAGUAUUAUGCCGAAGCUUUUAAAGGCAAAUUUAUUAUGAGAUUCGAUGACACAAAUCCAGCGAAGGAGACUACGGAAUUCGAAGAGGCUAUACUGGAAGAUUUGAGAUUGCUGCAAAUCAAGCCUGAUCAGUUUACGCACACCUCGGAUUACUUUGAUAUACUGCAGGAGUACUGCACGAAACUGAUUAAGGAAGGAAAGGCAUACGUGGACGAUACCCCGGCGCAUAUUAUGAAGGAGCAACGUGAACAAAAACUGAAGUCCGAGAACAGAGAUAACCCUGUCGGAAAAAAUCUUGCGUUAUGGGAAGAGAUGCGACGCGGUACCGAGAAAGGUCAGGCGUGCUGUGUUAGAGCGAAGAUCGAUUACGAAUCAACAAACGGGUGCAUGCGCGAUCCGACAAUUUACCGUUGCAAGCUGGAGCUCCAUCCGUACACUCAAGACAAAUACAAAGUAUACCCUACGUACGAUUUCGCCUGUCCGAUUGUCGAUUCUAUCGAGAAUGUUACUCAUACUCUGCGCACAACGGAGUAUCACGACAGAGAUGCUCAAUUUUAUUGGGUACUCGACGCCCUGGGACUGCGUCGCCCGCACAUAUGGGAGUACUCACGCCUGAACAUGACCCACACAGUCCUUUCGAAACGGAAAUUAACGUGGUUUGUGAAUGAAGGUCUAGUCGAUGGAUGGAACGAUCCACGAUUUCCGACAGUAAGGGGUAUCUUGAGGCGAGGAAUGACAGUGGAGGGACUGAAACAGUUCAUCAUUGCUCAAGGUAGCUCUAGGUCUGUGGUGUUCAUGGAGUGGGACAAGAUAUGGGCUAUUAACAAGAAAGUAAUAGACUCAGAGGCGUUCAGGUACACUGCAUUGGAUUAUGAUAAAUUGGUGCCAGUUCAUGUAUUGGACGCCAAGGAAGGCUGGUUGGUGGUGCAAAAUCAUCCUAAGCAUUUAAAUAAAGGUUUUAAGAACGUAAUAACCACUAACAGAGUAUUCAUAGAAGAUGUCGACGCUAUGAACUUGGUCGCGGGACAGAGUGCGACCUUCAUCAAUUGGGGGAAUUUAAAGAUACUGGAGAUAAAUAAGAGGCAGGAUGGUAGCAUAAUAGAUGUGCAUGCGCGAUUGGAUCUCGAUAAUCGUGAUUACAAAAAUACUUUAAAAAUAACAUGGCUGGUUAAACCAUCAGGCACCAUUAAUAAUGACACGGCAAAAACAAAUUCGAUACCGUGCUAUGCCGUUUACUUCGAUCACAUUAUAAGUGUUCCAGUCUUGGGCAAAGACGACGAUUUUAAGGACUUCGUUGCCAAGGAUACAAGGAAAGAAGUUCGAAUGCUCGGUGAAGUGGCACUGCAAAAUGUGAAGAAAGGAGAGAUAAUACAGAUUCAGAGAAAGGGUUACUUCAUCUGUGAUGUUCCAUACGCACCUCUUAAUUUUUAUUCAUCGCGGGAACGACCCCUUAUACUGUUCCAUAUACCUGAUGGACACAUGUCAACUCCUUCUGCUGUAUCACAAAAGGGAGAUCAGCAAAAGUCAAAAAAACUAAAGGAAUCUAAGGACAAAAUUGCAAUGAAUAUUUUAGAAAAUAUUGGAGAAAAUAGUUUAUAUGACAAAAUAAAGAAGCAGAGCAAGAAAUUCAGACUAAUUCAAAAUGUCCUCGAUGAAGAACAGCGUAUCCUAAAUAAUUUACAAGCAGAAUAUAAAACAGUAAUUGGACAUAAUUGGAUAUCAAGAGAAACUACAGCUCCUACAAAAAAUGAAGAAACUUCAAAAGCGCAAGAAAUGUCUCAAGCAAUACAGAAACAGGGUGACAAAGUACGGAAUUUGAAGAGUUCGAAAGCCGAAAAGAGUAUCGUCGAUGAAGAAGUUAAAAUCCUUUUGAGUUUGAAAACUGAUUAUAAAAAUGCAACUGGUCAGGAUUGGAAACCGCAAACUGAAGCUCUUAGUGCCAGUAGCACAAGUAAUGAGGAGGAACAGCACAUGUUGCUGGUACGAGAGAUAAGUAAAGCAAUACAGAAACGAAUUGAUGAAAUGGAAAAGCUUCAGGAUUGGAAACCUGGUCAAGUUGCAGCUGUGACUACUAUUCCUGAUACAAAAACGCAGAUUAAGGAAAGUCCUAAAGCAGAGCAAAUCUCUGACGAAAUACAGAAACAGGGUGACAAAGUACGGAAUCUGAAGAGUUCGAAAGCCGAAAAGAGCAUCAUUGAUGAAGAAGUUAAGAUCCUUUUGAGUUUGAAAAAUGAUUAUAAAAAGGCAACUGGUCAAGAUUGGAAACCUGGUCAAGUUGCAGCUGCGAGUCCUGCUCCUGAUACAAAACCGCAGAUUAAGGAAAGUCCUAAAGCAGAGCAAAUCUCUGAUGAAAUACAGAAACAGGGUGACAAAGUACGGAAUCUGAAGAGUUCGAAAACCGAAAAGAGCAUCAUUGAUCAAGAAGUUAAAAUCCUUUUAAGUUUGAAAAAUGAUUAUAAAAAGGCAACUGGUCAAGAUUGGAAACCUGGUCAAGUUGUAGCUGAAAGAACUGCUCCUGAUACAAAACCGCAGAUUAAGGAAAGUCCGAAAGCAAAACAGAUCUCUGACGAAAUAGAGAAACAGGGUGAUAAAGUACGGAAUCUGAAGAGUUCGAAAACCGAAAAGAGCAUCAUUGAUCAAGAAGUUAAAAUCCUUUUAAGUUUGAAAAAUGAUUAUAAAAAUGCAACUGGUCAGGAUUGGAAACCUGCAAAGGCGGAGGCAGAACCGAAAAAGAAGAAAGAGGAAUCUCCCAAGGCUGUGAAACCUGUGGAGAAGGAAAUUGCGAAAGGCGCAACCAGCAAAGACACGGAUUCAACUAAAACAGGCACAAGAUUGGGCUUGGAAGUUAAAAAGGACGAAAACUUCUUCGACUGGUAUUCGCAGAUCAUCACUAAGAGCGGAAUGAUCGAAUAUUACGACGUGUCGGGAUGUUACAUCCUCCGGCCAUGGAGUUUUGCGAUAUGGAAGAUAAUAAAGGAUUACAUUGACCAAGUGAUAACGUUGCUGGGCGUUCACGAGUGUUACUUCCCGAUCUUUGUCACUCGCAACGUGUUGGAGAAGGAGAAGACCCAUAUAGCUGAUUUCGCGCCGGAAGUUGCCUGGGUGACGAAAUGCGGCGAGUCGGACCUAGCAGAACCUAUAGCAAUACGACCCACCUCGGAGACCAUAAUGUAUCCAGCUUAUGCCAAAUGGCUCAAGUCAGAUACCGAGUUACCUCUCAGACUCAAUCAAUGGAACAACGUUGUGAGAUGGGAAUUUAAGGAUCCUAAACCCUUCUUACGCACCAGAGAAUUUUUGUGGCAAGAGGGCCAUACCGCGUUCGCCACUAAGGCAGAGGCCGAGGAAGAGGUCUUGACCAUCUUGAACAUGUACGGUAGAGUCUACGAGGAUAUAUUAGCAGUGCCUGUCAUCAAGGGUCGUAAGACCGAAAAGGAGAAGUUUGCUGGUGGCGAUUACACUACUACGGUUGAGGCGUUUAUUUCAACCAGUGGGCGCGCCAUACAAGGAGCGACGAGUCAUCAUUUGGGGCAAAACUUCUCGAAAAUGUUUAAUAUCCAGGUAGAAGGUGUCGAAGGAGACGAAAAGACGUUUGUCUAUCAAAAUUCAUGGGGCCUAACUACGCGCACAAUUGGAGUCAUGAUAAUGGUACAUGGAGAUGAUAAAGGUUUAGUGUUACCGCCAAAGGUGGCAUCCAUAGCAGCCGUUGUUGUCCCUUGCGGUAUAACUGCAAGCACCACGGCGACACAGAGAAAAAUACUUCAACUCGAAUGCAUGAAGCUAGUGGAUAAAUUGCAAGACGAGAACUUCAAAGUACAUGGCGAUUUUAGGAAUAAUCGAACGCCCGGAUGGAAGUUUAAUCACUGGGAACUCAAAGGUGUACCAGUGAGAAUUGAGUUAGGCCCGAAAGAUCUAGAAAAGGAUCAAGUAACGCUCGUACGUAGGGAUACCUCCGAGAGAUCAACUGCCAAGAGUGACGAAGUAGUUACAGCACUAGCUUUCUUAUUGAACGAUAUACAAACGCAGUUAUUCAGAAAAGCAAGAAAAACUCUCUACGAACAUAUUAAACAAGUAGAAAACUGGAAUGAUUUCGCCCCCGAGCUCAAUAAAAAGAAUUUAUUAUUAUCACCUUUCUGCGGAGAGCCGUCGUGCGAGGAACGCAUCAAGGCGGAUAGUGCAAGGGAGGAGAGUGAUGAACCUGGAGCUUCAAUGGGCGCGAAGAGUCUUUGCAUACCAUUCGACCAACCGGAAUUGACAAAACCAUUGAACGAGAUGACAUGUAUUCACCAUAGCUGUACAAACAAGCCGAAGUUCUAUACGCUUUUCGGACGUAGUUACUAAACAUUGAUGAAAACGAAGUGUGUGUGUAUAUACAUAUACAUAUACAUAUACACAUAUAUAUAUAUAUAUAUAUAUAUAUAUAUAUAUAUAUACACAUAUAGUUCGUGCAGUAAAUUUUGCUGAAAUGGAUUAUAAUGUGUGAGUAAAACAUGGAGUUAGUAACAUGUUCAAGUGAUCGUGGUUUCAUUUUUCGUUAAUGCUUUUUAAGGAAUUAGAAUACUUUUAUAAAAAGAUAUAAGCUUUUAUUCAAUAAUAUAUGCAUAUAUAUACAUAUAUAUAAUAUAUAUAUAAUACCUUACAUUAGUUCGAAUAUUUUGUGCCCACUUUGAUGCACUUUUUGGAUAACACUUUAAUUUUUAUUUAUCUAUUUUCAUAUUUCAUGCGUGCAUUUUGUUAUGUAAAUCACAUAAUUAUUAAUAAUAAGAAA